AUGGGUUAUUCCAUGUUGUUGGUUCUUAGAGUGAUGUUGUGUUUGCACAUGUUUAUGAUGUUCCAUUUUGCAUGUUUGUCUUCACAUUCAUGCCAUCUCGAUGAGAGUUCUGCUUUGCUUCACUUCAAGACCGAACUCAAUAAUUUUGAUGAACACUUCUCAUGUGAUCAGUAUGCUGAAUGUCUCUGCCUCCAUGCUGAUCCAAAGACGAGGGCAUGGCAAAAUGGGACAGAUUGUUGCUCAUGGAUGGGUGUCACGUGUCAUUCUGUGUCUGGUCACGUGAUUGGCCUUGAUCUCAGUUGCAGAAGACUUGUAGGUAAUAUUGAUCCUAACAGCACUCUUUUCAAGCUUACUCAUCUCCAUACACUCAACCUUGCUUACAAUCAUUUCUAUGAUUCUCAAUUGUCAUCUCAGUUUGGUCAACUUGUGAGUCUCACACACUUGAAUUUGUCACAUUGUUGGUUUGAAGGUGAUAUUCCUUCUCAAAUCUCACAUCUUUCUAAAUUACAAUCACUUGAUCUCUCUUGGAAUUAUGCUUUAUCUUUGAAAGAAACCACUUGGAAGAGGUUGCUGCAAAACACAACAUCUUUGAGAGAGGUUGUAUUGGAUGAUACAGACAUGUCUUCAAUUGGUCCAACACCAAGUCCUUUGUCUUUGAUUGCCAACUUGUCUUCCACUUUGGUUACUCUUAAUCUUUCAGGGGAAGAACUCAGUGGUUUAAUCCCGUCAUCACUUUCAAACCUUCAUCAUCUUGUUUACUUGGAUCUUUCAGGGAGUAAACUCAGUGGUUUAAUCCCAUCAUCAUUUUCUAACCUUCAUCAUCUUGUUUACUUGGAUCUUUCAUACAAUAAUCUUAGUGGACAAAUUCCAAAUAUGUUUGAUAGGCUAACCAACUUGCAAACUUUGUUUCUGCGGGGGAACAAUUUUGAAGGAAAGUUGCCAUUCUCAUUAUUUACCUUAAGUCAACUCUCUGUGUUCGACUGUUCUGAAAAUAAAAUUGAGGGGUCACUACCUGAUACAGUAGCCUUUUCAAAUCUCACCCACUUAAUCCUACAUGACAACUUGUUAAAUGGGACAAUUCCUUGGUGGGCUUUAUCACUCAAGUCUUUGAGAUCUUUGGAUCUAUCAAAUAAUCGAUUCACAGGGUAUAUAAAUGAAGUUAAAUCAUAUUCCUUGGAGUAUCUAGACUUGUGCAACAAUGAGUUCCAAGGAAACUUUCCAGAAUCAAUUUUUGAUCUUGUAAACCUUUCAAAUUUGUGCUUAUCACCACACAACUGGAGUGAUACUGUCCACUUUUCACCCUUCUCUAAACUCCAAAAGUUGAGCCAUCUUUCCCUUUCUGGCUGCAAUUCAUUAGUGCUAGGUUCUGAAACAAGUGUUAAUUACACUUUCUCCAAUUUGCAGGCACUACAGUUGCGUUCAAACAAUAUUAUUGGUUAUUCAACAUUCUCUGGAAACUUUUCAGAAUUAGAGUUUCUUGAAUUAUCCAAUAGUAAACUUGAAGGAAAAGUUCCUCAAUGGAUACAUGGUAUAGAUUCAUUACAUCAUUUGAUUCUAUCAAAUAACUUGUUGUCAUCAAUGGGUCAAUUCUCAUGGUAUGAACUUGAAGACCUUGAUCUUAGUUUCAACUUGAUGGAUGACGACAUUUCUUCCUUCUUUUGCAAUGCAACAUUUCUGAGUGAUAUCAACUUGUCCUACAACCAAUUCAUAGGAACAUUUCCACAGUGCCUUGCCAAUAGUUCAACCCUUGAGCAUUUGGAUCUACAAAAGAACAAACUUCAUGGCAAUUUUCCAGAUACUUUAAAUGGUCUUCAGCUGGGGACACUGAUUCUCAAUUGCAACCAGCUCAAAGGUUUAUUGCCAAAAUCUUUGUCCAAUUCCAUGGAUCUUCAGGAAUUAAAUCUUGGUAAUAAUGAAUUUGAAGAUACAUUUCCCUAUUGGCUUCAGAAUAUAUCAGGUUUGGAGAUACUAGUCUUGCAAGGCAAUAAGUUGUAUGGUACCAUUGCAAAUUUGAAGUCUGAAAAUAUGUUUCAAAGUUUGAUUGUUUUUGACAUAUCAUGCAAUAACUUUAGUGGCUCAUUACCAAAAGCAUACAUACAAAAUUUUCAAGCCAUGAAGAUUGUGGAUAAUGAAGUGCUUAGUUCGCAUUAUUACAUUCACACUGGUUGGCUUGAGGGAGGCGGAAUUAUUGAAGUAGAAAAAGAUCAUUCUAUGACUUCAAUAAUUAAAGGAGUUAGUACAACUUUUUCAAAAAUUCCCAGAGACUUUGUAAAUAUAGAUUUGUCAGGAAACAAAUUUGAAGGAGAGAUUCCAGAUGUUAUUGGAGAGCUUCAUAUACUCAAAAAUCUCAAUCUUUCACAUAAUAGACUUGUUGGUCAUAUUCCCCACUAUUUGGGAAAUUUGACGAAUCUGGAAUCAUUGGAUCUCUCCUCAAAUAUGCUUACUGGGAAUAUUCCUACUGAAUUGACAAAUCUGAACUUUCUUGAAGUCUUGAAUCUUUCCCAAAAUCAAUUGGUGGGACCAAUACCCAGAGGAAAACAGUUUGAUACAUUUUCAAACGAUUCCUAUGAGGGAAACAUGGGGCUAUGUGGAUUGCCAUUGUCAAUUCAAUGCAACAACAAUGUCCCUUUGCCACAAUAUCCAUCUUCUGAGGCUGAGGACAAAUUUGGGUUUGAUUGGAAACCAGUGGCAAUAGGAUAUGCAUUUGGAAUGGUGCUUGGAAUUGGGUUGGGAUUUUGUGUUUUCUCAAUUGGAAAGCCUCAAUGGCUUGUGGUCAUCUUUGGAGGCAAAAGAAGGAGGCGUGGAAAUCGGCGUGCAAGAAUCACUCUGUUUCAGCUUAUGGUUGUAAUGUAAAUGUGCAAUAAUAAUUUUGUGUCAUGUGGUGUUGUGUCUUUUUAUAUGUUGUUUGAGGCUGUAAUCUGGUUAUUUCUGUUGUUUACAUUAUGUGUUGUAUGCAAG